AUGACCUGGUGGCCCUUCUCAAGCUCAGGCGCAGAUGCCUCUGCCAAGCAACAACCACAAACCAUAUCGACUACAGCAUCACCAGUGCAGAAGCCCAGCGAUGCGCCUACGUCAACAAUAGAUACACCUCCACACCAACAACCCGACUCCGCACCCCACGACCCCGACUUCUACGCCGCCCACCCACACCUCGCACCGCCAUCCUUCUCCACAAACACGCCCUCAUCCUCCCCUUCAAAUCCUCAAACCCAAUCCAACAAUGCCGAGACUCCUGAAGAAUACGAUCCCACCCUCCCACGCUCAAUGUCGUGCCGUGCCGCUUUCGACAGCGCCUUCUACUGCUCCUCACUAGGCGGCCACUUCAACGAUCUAUACCGCUACGGCCAACUACGCAGUUGCUCCGACCACUGGAACGACUUCUGGUUCUGCAUGCGCACCAAGAACAGCUAUAGCGGACAGGAUGUCAAAGAGAGGAUGAUUCAGGAUCGGUAUCGCGAGAAGGAGGAGAAGCUGAAGAGUGGGCCGAAUAGUGAGAACGUUUGGAGGAAGAGGGGGCCUGGGGAGGAGGUUAAGAACGCGUUUAGUAGGGCGGCGGAGGACCUGGAGGGACAAUGA